CACACUGGACACAAACACAAUCUCCCAAGCCGCUCUCUGGAGUCUCUCGCCCUCCGUGUUCCUCCCACAAGCACAAAGGACAACCACAUCUCUGAAACUCUAUCCAAAACCCCAUCUUUACGCAAGACCAAUCAAAGCAAAACCCUGAAACUCUCUCUUUAUCUCUGCUUUAUACCCUUUUGAAUUCUCUUUAUCUCUUUGCGUUUUCUUAUAGCUAGAGAAGCACACUCAACCACCAUGGACCCCAACGCCUCUGCUCCGGAAGGGACGUCCCUUCUCUCUAACUCUUCAGGUUCUCGUUUCUCUUUCCCUACUUCCUAUUCUCUUGAUUCUGAUGGUCUUGACAAUUCAAUGAAAAACUAUGCUUUAGAGGUUGAUAAUGACAAGGAUAAUGGUGGCGGUGGUGGGUAUGGUAAUGAGGGGUUUGGGAAUGGUGAUGAUGGGCUCGAAAAUCUAGAGGAAGCCAGUGGAGGGGAUUAUACCGAUGCCCCUUCGUUUGGUUCUUCGGUAUUUUCGAGGCAGAAAAGUGUAAGCGUACGGCCGGUUGCGAAGGUAUCGGCGGAUGACGACGAUGAUGAUGAAGAUGAAAAUUAUGUUGUACAAGGUGGAAACCUUGGGGAUUUGGAGGUUGAGGAAGAUGAAAGAGGUGUGGCUUCGGAGAUAGUUGGGGUUGAGGGUUCUGUGGGCAAUUGGGGAAUUGGGGGUGCGGUUUUGGAGCAAAAGGGUCUGAGUGAGAAUGGGAGUUUGGGUGAGUUGGGAAUUGGAAGUGGUAUAGCUGAUGCUCAUAAGGGCAGUUCUGAGUUUUUGGUGGGUGGUGUAGAGGAUAAGGUGUUUGAAAAUGCAAAAUGGAUUGAAGAUUUGGGCUCCGUAGGUGAAUUGAAGGGUGAAGAGGCUGUGGAAGAGCUGAAAAGUGAGGGCUUGGAUGGAGAAGAGUCCGUGGUUGUAACGGAAACUGAGGAGGCUGCUGUAGCAACCAAAGAAAGUACAACUCUUGGUGUAGGGCCUGAUCAACCAGAGUCCGUAAACAUAAAACCAGUAGAUGAUAAGCUGUUGGAACUAGAUGGUGUGAAAUUUACCACUGGAGGAGACUCAGUCGUGGAAGAUUUGAAUGUCAAUUUGUCAAAGGCAGGAGCAAUUGUUGUUGGGGACGUGGAGGAAAUUGAGGACGCUGAUAUUAGAGGGUUGGAGGUCCCAGUUCGUGGAGGCAUAACCUUGGAUAAUGGGUUUGAUCAAAUUAGUGGUGAUGCAAAAGAACGGGUUGAUUUGAAGUCCUUGGUAGUGGGUACUGAGUCUGAUCAAAUUGUUGAGCCGAUAAACAAAUUUGGCAUUGAUGCUGCAGGAGUGGGGAUUUAUGGAGAGAGAACUAGUGUUGCAGAAGUGGAGAAAGUUGAGAACUUCGACAUCAAUACUGCUAUAGUGGAGGAGGAUAAGCAGGAUGACAUAACGACUUAUGUUGAGGAGGGAGGAACUGUGAGUCUCGUUAAUGCUGAGAAGAAGCCAGAAGGAGAAAAUGAGCCACAAGCUGACUCAGAAGACAAACAGAAAGAACUUGCAAUGGAGAUAGCUACCGCUGGAGCUGAAACUCUGUCCAUGGACAAACUAGAUGGAGGGGAAGGAGUUGAAACUCGGGAGAUAAAACUUGUCCCCAAGGUCACUCUGCCUGAUUCAGAUGAAGUGGAAGGACCAUUAGAUAAUGGUGUUAUUGGUGCAGAUGCCCAAGUGGAUGAAGCCAGGGUUUCUGGUGAAACUGAUUCAAUUCAAUCUGUGGAAUUAAGUUCCAUUUUGAGCCGAGAAAUAAAGCUAGAAUCUCAAGAUGAGGAAAACCAGCACUCAGAUAUGGAGGACCAGGUUGAAGGUUCUUUUACAGAUGGGGAGAAUGAUGGUAUGAUCUUUGGAAGUUCGGAAGCUGCUAAACAGUUCUUGGAGGAGUUGGAACGAGGUUCAGGUGCUGAGAGUUCACGUGAUCACUCUCAGAGACUUGAUGGUCAAAUUGUUACAGAUUCUGAUGAAGAAGUGGACACCGAUGAGGAGGGGGAUGGGAAGGAGUUAUUUGAUUCUGCUGCAUUAGCAGCUCUCUUGAAAGCUGCAACAGGUGCUGGCUCAGAUGAUGGCAGUAUCACAAUAACUUCUCAAGAUGGGUCCAGGCUGUUUUCUGUUGAGCGUCCUGCCGGUUUGGGAUCUUCUCUCCGGUCUGUAAAACCUGCUCCUCGACAAAAUCGGUCUAACCUUUUUACUCCUGACCUCACAGUGGGGGAUAACUCUGAGAACAACUUGAGUGAAGAGGAUAAAAAGAAGCUGGAGAACUUGCAGCAGAUAAGGGUGAAAUUCUUGAGGCUUGUACAGAGAUUAGGUGUUUCUCCAGAAGAGUCAAUCGCAGCACAGGUCCUAUACCGAAUGGCACUUAUUGCAGGGAGGCAAUCUGGUCACCUGUUUAGCCUUGAAGCGGCAAAAAGGACAUCUCUCCUGCUUGAGGCUGAGGGGAAAGAUGAUUUGAGCUUUUCCUUGAACAUACUGGUUCUUGGAAAGUCUGGUGUGGGCAAGAGUGCUACCAUAAAUUCUAUUUUUGGUGAAGAUAAGACCCUGAUCAAUGCAUUUGGACCUGCCACAACUGAUGUGAAAGAAAUUGUUGGGACAGUGGAUGGAGUUAAAAUUAGGGUUUUUGAUACACCAGGUCUGAAUUCUUCUGCGUUGGAACAAGGUAUCAACCGCAGAAUAUUAUCUUCGGUGAAGAAGUUAACAAAAAAAUGCCCACCCGAUAUUGUCCUCUACGUAGAUCGGUUGGAUGCUCAAACCAGGGAUCUUAAUGAUCUGCCACUAUUAAGAUCAAUCGCUAGUUCUCUUGGCUCUUCAAUCUGGCGAACUACCAUAAUCACUCUAACUCAUGCUGCCUCUGCUCCUCCAGAUGGACCAUCUGGCACCCCCCUGCGUUAUGAUGCAUAUGUUGCUCAGCGAUCUCAUGUUGUUCAGCAGACCAUUGGACAAGCUGUUGGUGAUCUGCGUCUUAUGAAUCCGAGUUUGAUGAUGACUCCUGUAUCUCUUGUUGAGAAUCAUCCCUCCUGUCGAAAGAAUAGAGAAGGUCAGAAGAUACUCCCUAAUGGUUUAAGUUGGAGGCCCCAAUUACUGCUCCUAUGUUACUCCAUGAAGAUCCUAUCUGAAGUGAAUAAUCUUUCAAAACCUCAAGAACUGUUUGAUCACCGAAAGCUCUUUGGCUUUCGCACCCGGUCACCUCCACUUCCAUACCUGUUGUCUUGGCUGUUGCAGUCUCGUACGCAUCCAAAACUGUCUGCUGAUCAAGGUGGUGACAAUGGUGAUUCUGAUAUUGACUUGGAUGACUUGUCCGAUUCUGAACAAGCGGAAGAGGAGGAUGAGUAUGACCAGCUACCGCCCUUUAAGCCUCUUAGGAAAUAUCAAAUUGCUAAGCUUAGCAAAGAGCAGAAAAAGGCAUAUUUUGAGGAGUAUGAAUAUCGCGUGAAACUCCUCCAGAAGAAGCAGUGGAGGGAGGAGUUGAAGAGGCUGAGAGAGAUGAAGAAAAAAGGGAAAGUUAAUGCAGAAGAUUAUGGUUUUGAUGGGGAAGAUGAUGGUGAAAAUGGAAGUCCAGCUGCUGUUCCAGUUGUGUUACCUGACACGGCUUUGCCACCUUCUUUUGAUGGUGAUAAUCCCUCUUACAGAUACCGAUUCUUGGAGCCAAUUUCUCAAUUUGUGACACGACCGGUAUUGGAUACCCAUGGUUGGGACCAUGAUUGUGGAUAUGAUGGUGUCAAUCUCGAGCAAAGUCUGGCCAUUGCUAGUCGGUUUCCAGCUGCUGUUACUGUCCAAAUAACAAAGGAUAAGAAGGAGUUCAAUCUCCAUGUGGAUUCUGCUGUUUCUGCUAAGCAUGGGGAGAAUGGGUCAAGCAUGGCAGGUUUUGAUAUCCAAACUAUUGGAAAGCAACUUGCUUAUAUUGUGAGAGGAGAGACAAAAUUCAAAAACUUGAAAAAGAACAAGACAACUGCAGGCGUAUCUUUGACAUUUUUAGGCGAGAAUGUGUCCACUGGAGUUAAAAUUGAGGACCAGAUUGCACUUGGAAAGCGCCUGGUAUUGGUAGGCAGCACUGGUACAGUCCGAUCUCAGGGUGAUUCAGCAUAUGGAGCCAAUUUAGAAGUGCGUUUCAGAGAAGCAGAUUAUCCAAUUGGCCAGGACCAAUCCUCAUUGGGUCUAUCUCUAGUCAAGUGGAAAGGUGAUACGGCACUGGGGGCCAAUUUUCAGUCACAGAUUUCAAUUGGAAGGAGUUACAAGGUAGCUGUUCGUGCAGGACUGAACAACAAGCUCAGUGGACAGAUUACUGUUAGAACGAGUAGUUCAGAUCAACUCCAGCUUGCACUUGUGGGCAUUCUUCCGAUCGUCAGGGCUAUCUACAAGAUCAUCUGGCCAGGGGCAAGUGAGAAUUACUCCAUCUACUAGCUGCGUUGCAUGUUUUCGUUCUUUUCGUUCAAUUAUGCUGAAGCAUCACAAAGUUGGUAUAGAUUAAGCGUAAUCUGCUUAUUGUCUUUAUCACUUUGCCGAAUAAUACUCAUCUUAUUUGCUUCAGAACCUGUUUUUGUCAGAUACAUUUUGCAUUGCAUGAUAAAUUGUAUUGAAAAUGAGAUGGAACCACGAGGGUAUUUGAUAAUAUUAUUAUUUGGUAACUAUAUUAUUCAGUUGGA